UGUCAUGGUGCGUUAGUUCCAACGCCGUGACAAACCCAACACCACCAGCAUCUCCUCAAUUCCAGAUUCUUUUUCUCUAAUUUAAAGCUUCAAACCCCACUCAAUUCUCUAUCUUUUUCGGAUAGAGAAUACAAAAGAGGGGUGGUUUUGUGCAUGUUAACUUGUUAAGUUAGUUACAUGGCUACUUCAUCUACCUCUUCUACCUCUUCUCUGUGGUUUCCGGCCACUUCUACUGCCGGAACCCGUAAUUCUUUUCCCAAUACUGAUACAUUCUUACGAUGUCGCCGGAGCCGUCAAUUGACCCGAUUGAAGACUCACAAGUCGGUUGUUCGGUCGGAUUUGGACAGAGAUGUAUCAGACAUGAGAACUAAUGCUCCAAAAGGAUUAUUUCCACCGGAACCUGAACAUUAUCGGGGGCCCAAAUUGAAAGUGGCUAUCAUAGGUGCUGGCCUUGCUGGCAUGUCAACUGCAGUGGAACUUUUGGAUCAAGGGCAUGAGGUGGAUAUAUACGAGUCAAGGACUUUCAUUGGUGGAAAAGUGGGUUCAUUUGUUGAUAAACGUGGAAACCACAUUGAAAUGGGACUACAUGUGUUCUUUGGAUGCUACAAUAAUCUUUUUCGUCUUCUGAAAAAGGUUGGUGCUGAAAAGAAUCUCCUUGUCAAAGAUCACACUCACACUUUUGUAAACAGAGGAGGAGAACUCGGUGAACUUGAUUUCCGCUUCCCUGUUGGAGCACCAUUACAUGGAAUUAACGCAUUUUUAACCACAAAUCAGCUUAAUACAUAUGAUAAAGCAAGAAAUGCUUUGGCUCUUGCUCUAAGUCCAGUUGUGAGGGCUCUUGUUGACCCUGAUGGAGCAAUGACACAAAUAAGAAACCUUGAUAAUGUUAGCUUCUCUGAAUGGUUUAUGUCUAAAGGGGGGACACGUAAGAGUAUUCAGAGAAUGUGGGACCCGGUUGCUUAUGCUCUUGGAUUUAUUGAUUGUGAUAAUAUCAGUGCACGUUGUAUGCUCACAAUUUUCUCAUUGUUUGCAACCAAGACAGAGGCUUCCUUGUUGCGUAUGCUUAAGGGAUCCCCUGAUGUGUAUCUUAGUGGGCCCAUCAGAGAUUAUAUUAUAGAAAAAGGAGGAAGGUUUCAUUUGAGAUGGGGAUGCAGAGAGAUUUUGUAUGACAAGUCAGCUAAUGGUGACACAUAUGUUACAGGGCUUGCCAUGUCUAAGGCUACUCAAAAGAAAACAGUAAAGGCAGAUGUAUAUAUAGCAGCAUGUGAUGUCCCUGGAAUUAAAAGAUUAUUGCCUUCAAAUUGGAGGGAAUGGGAAUUCUUUGAUAAUAUCUACAAAUUAGUUGGUGUUCCAGUUGUAACAGUACAACUUAGAUAUAACGGUUGGGUAACAGAAAUGCAGGAUCUAGAACGUUCUAGGCAAUCGAGGAAAGCAACAGGGUUGGACAAUCUACUUUACACCCCAGAUGCAGAUUUUUCCUGUUUUGCUGACCUGGCACUCGCUUCUCCUGAAGAUUACUACAUUGAAGGACAAGGCUCAUUGCUCCAAUGUGUGCUGACUCCAGGGGACCCAUACAUGCCUUUACCAAAUGAAGAGAUUAUAAGCCGUGUUGAAAAACAGGUUUUGGCUCUAUUCCCAUCUUCCCAAGGUCUGGAAGUUACAUGGUCAUCUGUGGUCAAGAUUGGUCAAUCUUUGUAUCGAGAGGGACCCGGUAAAGAUCCAUUUAGGCCUGAUCAGAAGACACCUGUCAAGAAUUUCUUCCUAGCUGGCUCAUAUACAAAACAGGAUUAUAUAGACAGUAUGGAAGGGGCGACUUUAUCAGGGAGGCAAGCUUCUGCAUUUGUGUGUGAUGCUGGGGAAGAACUUGCAGCCUUAAGGAAACAACUUGCUGCCAUUGAAGCCAUGGACACCAUUGCAGCUGAUGAGCUUACUCUUGUUUGAUUAUAAUAUAUCAUAAUAUAUAUAUGGUUCUUGUAUAAGUGAUUGAAAGGAUGUAAGAAAAUACAGUGAUAAUUUUUAAUUUUUAAUUUCAAAAACUAAGGAUUUAUUAAGGUUUUAUUAGUUUCUUAUACUUUUAGUUUAGGUAGAUAAAUGAUUUUGAUUAGAUUCUCGUAUAAUAUAGAACGUUAUGAUAUUUGAUCAAUAACUUGUGUAUUUAAUAUAAUCACGUGUGAUAUGAACAAUUGAACAUCCU